AUGGAAGAACCACGAGAGGCUUUCUCCAGGAAUGAUGGCCGUGUGGGUGAUAUCGUGGUGGAAAAGUUCCUGGUGGAUUCCGUGAAGCCUGCAUCCCACGUUCAGCUCGCCUGCAGUGGGCAGUGCUGUGCUUUCCCUUCAGAUGGAAACGAGCUGUGCAUAUGGGACACCAAGGACCCUCCUCACCAGCUGAUGAUCCUAAAAGGACACCGUCAGCCCAUCACUGCCGUGACAUUUGGGAGCAGAGAGAGCCCGCUUCUGGUCUGCUCUGCGUCGCUAGACUGUGUCAUGAUGUGGGGCCUGGACGAGUGCAGGCGGGAAGAGCUUCAAGGGCGACUUCCGCGGGGGACCGCUCUCGGCACCGUCUUGGGAAGGGUGCUGUGUCUGAGGCUUAGCCCCGAUGACCGAGUGGUGGCGGUGUGUGUGAAGAACAAAGUGCUCAUGCUGGACCUUGAGAGCCGGUCCCCGCUGGCUGAGCUGGAUGGCCACCAUGGCCCAGUGACUGCGGCCGAGUUUUGUGCUUGGCAAUCACACAUCCUCAUCUCGGCGUCCGAGGACAGAAGCUUCAAGGUUUGGGACCAUCGUAUGGGAUCACUGAUCCACAGCUCAUCAGUGUUCACAGCCGCACCCCUCCUGAGUCUCCUCGUGGACCCGCGGAGUCAGCAGCUGGUGGCUGGCUGCACGGACGGCCAGCUCUGGAUCUUCAGCUUGGUUGAAGGGCACCAUUACCGCUGUGUGACGCACGUUGACCUGAGGAGAAAGAGAGAGAGUUUCUCUACUAGGAGGGCAGAGUCUGAGCCAGAAGGUGGUCAGCCUCCGUCCACGAAGGCCCCAGAAACAGGAGAAGAGACUGAGGUGGCCCUUCCUGUCCUGAGCCUGGCAGCCUGCGACUGUGGAUUCCUCUCUGAGACUGCCCGCUGCUUGUGGAUUGGAAGCUCUGCCGGUUUGCUCAUAUUUAACUUGGCAAGCUUUGAACUGGAGGCCGUUUUACAUUACAAGGGUCCCAUGCCACGUGCCCGGCCUGGCUCGGUGUCCUCAGGGUCGCUGUGCCCACCGCACUCUCGCAGCCGCGUGUGGAGCUUGGUCUGUGGGCUCGCGCGGGGGCAGCUCUGCAGGGGCGGUGGGCUGUGCGCUCUGUGUUCACGGCCCGGGCCCCAGCCUGUGUGCAGGCAGCACCUCGUGGCCUUAUGUGUGGCCUGUUUUCUCUUUGCCUGGAAUGAAGACUUCCGGAGCCUGAGCAUUCAGGUUGCUGGAUCGUGUGCCAUGGCGAGCAGAACCGGCAGUGGUGAGGCCCUCUGUUUGCUCACGUCCAUGUUCGGGAACGAGACCGCGCUGGUGGAGGUGGACCCUGCCGCUCUGCUGAGGUCCCAGCAGCGCCCCCGCCGGGGACCAGACCUGUCGGUGCUGCCCAGCUCCUGUGUCUCACCGACCUCUCCGCUGUACUUGGGACUUGUUCAGGAAAAAAGAACCAAGCCGGCUACUCAGAAACGCUCUGCUGCUCGGAGUGUCGUGAAGGACCACCCGCUGGUUUUCCACAGCAAAAUACGGUCGUCGGGCUACACGGCUGCCCCGUGUGCAACUAUGUUUUCACCAAAGAGUAGCUUCAAAAAUGAUGGUAAAAGAGCUUCAAGAUGCAAGAGCAGUUACAGGUGCAAGGAGCGCCCUUUGGAGAGUCCUGCGCCCAGCGAGCUGAGCCGGCAGCUGGCCGUGGCCCGCGGCCAGGCCCUGCUCUGUGUUCAGUAUUCAGGAGAUGGACAGCGGCUGGCCUGUGGCUCGGCCAACCACUUGUUCCUGGUUUGCGAUGCUGAUCUUACUGGGACGCCUGCUGUUUUGUCAGGUCACGACGGGGCGGUGGGCAGCGUGUGCUGGAGCCACGACGGCCGCUGGGUGCUGUCCGCCUCCCAGGACGGGACGCUGCGGGUGUGGUCGGUGCGCGGCCCGGAGCUGGCGCUGCGUCUGGGCAAAGAGACGUUCCCUAAGCCUGUCCAGUCUGCACAGUUUUAUUACAUUGACGCAUUUAUCUUGUCUUCCUCGGGCCCCGAGGUCCAGCUGCUCAAGCAUCACAUUGACACCAGCAAGGACGACUUACGAAGGUACAGACAGAAGAGCUGGUGCGUGCCGGUGUGCAGGCUCCUCUCGACCGACGCCACGGAGGUCACCAGCUUGUCCGCAGUGAACGACUUCCACUCCUACCUCGUGCUUACUGCCGGGCGGAACCGGACCUUGGAGGUUUUCGACCUCAACAUGGGCUGCAGUGCGGCCGUCAUCACGGGAGCCCAUUCUCGGCCCGUCCACCAGAUCUGUCAAAAUAAAGGGUCAUCAUUUGCAACCCAGCAGUCCCAGGCUUAUAAUCUCUUUGUGACCGCGGCCACUGGUGACGGGAUAAAGCUCUGGGACCUGAGGACCCUGAGGUGUGAGCGUCGUUUUGAAGGCCAUCCAAGCCGCGGCUACCCAUGUGGAAUCGCUUUCAGCCCUUGCGGCCGGUUCGUGGCUUGUGGUGCUGAAGACAGACACGCGUACGUGUACGAAACCAGCUCCAGCACUUUCUCCCGCAGACUCGCAGGACACACCAGCACAGUAACUGCGGUGGCCUUCAGCCCGGUUGCCACUCAGCUCGUCACAGCCACCUUGGACGGCAAGCUUCAGCUGUUUCAGGCCCAGUGAUGCUGACCCACGGGCUGGGCACCGCCUCGGCCAGAGCGUGGCCUGAGUCUGGGUCCUCGACCUGAGAGACGCCGGCAGUGUCUACACCACCUGCCCGUCUGAGCCACCCUCACAGCUGUGGCCCACCUACUCCUUGCUGGGGAUUCCCUGCCCUGGAAAAAUGGAAAUGGUGUACAGCACCUCUGCACAGAAUCUGGUCAAGUUAAAAUAGAAUGUUCUUCAAUAAAAAAUAA